CCGCCCUGACGACGCAUUCGCUCGUUCGCUUCGCCCAAAGCUGAUUCGCGGGGGAGCCUCUUUAUAAGAAGACCCUGAGGAAGAAGAAAGAAAGAAUUUUCAAGAAUUAGAAAAAAAAUUAUUUUUUUGAAAUAAAACCGCGCGGAGUAAUUUGAGCUUGACGUGAUUAACGACAGACGAAUUUCAAAAAAAAAAAAGUUACCCCUUUGAAAUUAUUUUUUUUUGUGGUCGUCGCGAUCCUCAAGAAUCUACAUAGACACCGUGAUUAUUCCUCAAUCUUCAGAUUAUUAACGGAUCCUGCAGGCAGUGAAAUUAUUAUUAUUAUUAUUAUUAUUAUAAUUAUUUGGUUUUAUCAGGCUUGCUGAAAACCGGAGGCACCCCUUUUAGAAAAAAUUAAAAUUCAUAUCAGGGCAGUGAUAAGACAAUUGUGACCAAAAAAAAGGUUUCAAUUGUUUCGUUUUUGUUUUUUUGAAAAGAAGAAAAUAAUUCAUAAACGAAGAUCACAAUGGCUGUUGCAGCGGCACAGAAAAAUCGAGAGAUGUUCGCUAUUAAAAAAUCUUAUAGUAUUGAGAAUGGAUAUCCAGCACGACGUCGUUCUUUAGUUGACGAUGCUCGAUUUGAAACUUUGGUUGUGAAACAAACGAAGCAAAGUGUGCUUGAGGAAGCCAGACAGAGGGCAAAUGACACAAUUUCCGAUUCCACUGCAUGUGAUCAGGAACAAACUCAAAUUGAAGAUGAAACUUAUACUUCGUCGAGCGAUGAUGAUCAAUCAGAAUCGCUCAGUCGUGCAGCUCAAGAAAGUGAAGCUAAAGCAGAAGCUUCCUCCUCGGAUGGUGAAGGAAAACCAGAAGAUGAUGAUGAAAAUGCUGGCCUCACUGAAGAGGAAGUUGUCCUGGCAAAAACAAUUGCCGAAACACCGGAUAAUGAACAAAUUGUUCAACGAGCAGCUCUCGUACUUCGUCUACGUGAGGGAAUAAGUUCAUUGUCGCGAAUUUUAAAAACAAUUGAAAAUUUCAAAGGCACCGUGACUCAUGUUGAAUCGCGACCAUCAAAAAAAGAAGGACUACAAUUUGAUGUCUUGGUAAAAGUUGAUAUGACAAGACAAAGUCUACUUCAAUUGAUUCGUAAUUUAAGACAAAGUUCAUCAUUAGCUGAAGUCACAUUACUUGCUGAUAAUUCAAUGAGCAUUAAAGAUCCCUGGUUUCCAAGACAUGCAUCAGAACUUGAUAAUUGCAAUCAUUUAAUGACAAAAUAUGAACCCGAUUUAGAUAUGAAUCAUCCUGGUUUUGCCGAUAAGGAAUAUCGUGCACGACGUAAAGUAAUCGCUGAAAUUGCAUUUGCCUAUAAAUAUGGUGAUCCAAUUCCAAGUAUUCCAUAUACAGAAACUGAAAAUAAUACUUGGAAUCGUGUUUUUAAUACAUUAAUUGAUUUGGUGCCAAAACAUGCAUGCAUUGAAUAUCAAAGAGUAUUUAAAAAAUUGCAAGAGGAAAAAAUUUUUGAACCCGCACGCAUACCACAAUUACAGGAAGUUAGUGAUUUUUUGAAAAGAGAAACUGGAUUCACAUUGAGACCAGCUGCUGGAUUAUUGACGGCACGUGAUUUUCUCUCGAGUUUGGCAUUUAGAAUCUUUCAGAGUACUCAAUAUAUUCGACACAUUAAUAGUCCUUAUCACACGCCUGAACCUGACGCAAUUCACGAACUUUUGGGACACAUGCCCCUAUUGGCUGAUCCAAGUUUCGCUCAAUUUUCACAGGAAAUUGGUCUCGCAUCAUUGGGUGCAUCAGAUGAGGAAAUUGAAAAACUCUCAACAAUUUAUUGGUUCACAGUUGAAUUUGGCUUAUGUCGUGAGGGUAAAGAGGUUAAAGCCUAUGGUGCUGGUCUAUUGUCAGCAUAUGGUGAAUUACUUCAUUCGUUAAGCGAUAAAUGUGAACAUAGAGCAUUUGAUCCAUCGAUAACGGCACUUCAACCAUAUCAGGAUCAAGAUUAUCAGCCAGUUUAUUAUGUUGCCGAAAGUUUUGAAGACGCUAAAGAAAAAUUCCGUCGUUGGGUGAGCACAAUGAGCCGACCAUUUGAGGUUAGAUUUAAUCCACAUACACAACGUGUGGAGGUACUCGAUACUGUUGAUAGGCUGGAGAAUCUUGUUUCACAAAUGAAUCUUGAAAUGACACAUUUGACGAAUGCACUCAAUAAAAUGAAAUCGUCCUUUGCGUAAAAAAAAAAUCGAAAUACAUUUUAUUGAUGGACUCUUAUCUCGGACGAGGAUCAUUAUAGCCUCAUUUUAGCGCCUAUUUCGCGAAGCAUAAUUUUUUUUUUUCGUUCCUGGAUAAUUCGAAUAUUUUUUUUUUUAUUUAUUCAAUUUUUAAUUCUAAUUUGAUCACGAAAUGUUUGGAAUUAGGGGAUUUUUUUCCACUUUUGUAUAUUUUUUUUUUUUUUUUUCCCUUCGAAGCCCCAGGAUCUCAUCUUCAUGUUUUUUUUUCUCGCCAUUUUUUUUCCUCGCUCUGUGUAUAAAGUUGUCAUUUUUUUUUUGUCGCCUGUGCAGCAUCAUCUGUGAUUCGGGUUUUGAUUUUGUUUUUUUUUUUUUUUAUUCUACGUCGUUAUUUUAGUUUAGAAAUUCUUUUUUCGAAAUUAAUAUCAUUGAAAUUCAAAAAAAAAGGUUUCGAAUGAUAGAAAAGAAAUGGAAGUGUUAUUGGAAAAAUUUAAAAUAACGAAUAUAUUAGAAAAUAGAAUUUAGAAAAAAAAUGAUUCUAAUUUAAGAAAAAUUGCAAAAUUUAGUAGAUAAUUCUACUGGAUAUUAACGAAAUAGAAAAUAAUUGAAGCAAAAUAAAUAAAGUAGAUAAAUUGAACCAAAAAUAAUAUAAAAUAGUUACAAUAAAUAUUAGUAGAAAUUAUAGAAAAUGAAUAAAUAAAAAAAAAUUCAAAUCGUUAAAAAUAAAAAUUCACGUUAAAUGUUACAAUGUUAAAAAAACAAGAAAACUGUUAAAUAAAAUAAAUAUUGAAAGAAAAUGAAUUCUUAAAAUAGAGAUACAGAUUAUAUAUAUGUGGAAUCAUCCCGAGAUAAGAUCUGCCCAGGCGGACAUCGUUUCUGUAUUAUUAUUAUUAUUAUAAUACAAUUUUAUUUUUUAUUUUUUCUAUUGUACAGUACAGUAACGAUAAUAAUUUUUUUUUUCUUUACUGUAUCGUACAAUAUUGUAUUAUUGUAUAAUUUGUUUUUAAACGCACAAUGCAAAAAAAAGCACCUGAUUAUACCGUGUGAGUGAAAUUUAUCACCCUCGGUUACGUCUUUUAAUGUGAUUGAUAUAAUAAUAAAUAUUAUUAUAUGUAUUGUACUCGGCCAUUUUAAAAAUAAUUGACGAGAACAAUAUUAUUGACGAUUACAAUUGUAACGAGUUCGUAAUUUUUAUUUUAUUUUUAAUUUUUUUUUCUUUUUUAAUUUGGAUCUCUCAUUUGGUGUGAAUGCGUGGACUUGGAAUUGAAAAUUUCAAUUCGAAUUUUAUUUUUUUUUGAAGAUUCGUGAUGCUUUUUGUUAGUUAUUAAUUAUAAUCUAUUUAGUAUAAUAAUGUGGUGACGAAUGUGAGAGAGAGACCACAGAAAAGUUGAUAUUAUAAUCAGUAAAAAUUUUCUAAAGAAUUUCAGUAUUAUAUCUUAUAUUUUCUGAAGAGAAUUAUUAUUAUUUUUUUAUUUUCAUUAUAUUAUUAUAAUAUAUUAUUAAUUUUAUUAUAAUUAUUAUAUAUUAUCUAUUAUCUAUUUUUAUUAUUAAGUAUUAUUUUUAUUAUUUUUAUUUUUAGAGAAAUGUUAUUUUAUUAAUUUAAUUUGUAAUUAGUUUUAUUUAGACUUACAUUAGCAUCACGAAUUUUGUUGCAAUUUUUUUAUAAUUCAGUAAUUUUUUUUUUGGAAAAUUUUAAUUUUUAAAUGUUCGGUAGUCAGAGAAAGAGAAAGAGAGAGAGAGAGAUUAUUGUCUAAUUAGUGUGUAGUUCAAGUCCUUGCUUGUGCACCUAGCACUAUUUCACCGCUAACCGUGUGUACAAAUUUGAAAAUGAAUCAUUAUUGUGAUUCACAUCAUUUGUAUUAUAUUGUAAAGUAUCAGCAAAAUAAAAUCUUAAGAUGUGUAUCUUAAAA